UCUCUAGUGUACAGUACAAACAAGAUUUCCGCUGCUGUCACUGAUAUUAGUUCAGUUGGAAUUGAAAGAAGCUAGAUCUUUUCCGGUUGUACAGCACACCGAGCAACAUGGGAAAACCUCGUGGUCUUCGUACAGCACGUAAGCACGUCAAUCACAGACGUGAUCAACGAUGGAAUGAUAAGGAUUACAAGAAAGCGCACUUGGGAACGAGGUGGAAGGCGAAUCCAUUUGGCGGUGCGUCCCACGCCAAGGGGAUUGUUUUAGAGAAAGUUGGCGUAGAAGCUAAACAGCCGAACUCGGCUAUUCGUAAAUGCGUCAGGGUUCAACUAAUUAAAAACGGCAAGAAGAUCACAGCCUUCGUGCCUAGAGACGGGUGUUUAAACAACAUCGAGGAGAAUGAUGAAGUUCUCGUCGCGGGAUUUGGUCGUAAGGGACAUGCCGUCGGCGACAUUCCAGGAGUAAGAUUCAAGGUGGUCAAGGUCGCUAAUGUAUCAUUACUUGCUCUUUACAAAGAGAAGAAAGAGCGACCCAGGUCUUAAGAGAUCAUUAUGUACCCCUGUGUUUUUAAAUAAAUUAGCUAUAUAUACAACACCAA